AUGCCGCUCCAGAAGUCCUAUUCUGAGCGGAUUGGGCUAUCAAGACAACGCUCGCCCUGGCAGCGGUCUCACAGCACUCCCAACAAUUUACAGCCAGCCAGCUCGAAGAAUCUGAUUCCCGUAUCGGAAGUUACGAAGAAGAAGCUCGACAAAUUUUUGUACAAGGACUCUCAAGAUGGGAUGAUUGGAAAUAAUGCGACGCCGGUGACUCGGUUGGAUUGGAGCGACCUCCUCGAGCCGUGCAGCCAAAUACCAGAGGAAGAUGCCACCUCGCCAAACGACAAACUGCUGUGGAACAACAAGCAGGACCCGAAUGCAUUCGCCACCAUCUCGCCGAUGAUGCCCCGCAAAGGAAGGAAACGAGCCAGGAGCUCUUCGCCGAUCUCUUCGCCCUCUGCCGACAGAAUCGCCACCCCAACCGUCAAUGUCAAGAAACUCGCCAGAGCAUUGAAGUCACCUCACCCCGAUCCGACGUUGGAGCUCUGGGACCGAUACUCGCUGAACGGACAUCCGGGACAGUCUCCCGUUUCUGGUGCGGCGAAUCCGAUUUUGGCCCAAUUGAUGGUGUCUUCGUCUCCACGGCCAUCCAGGAAUCAAGCUGCCCAGAUCGACCAGGAGGAUUUGCGCCGAGCCGCCAGCUGUGGUUUUCAGUGGCCUAAGAGGAGGAGGAUGGAGAAGUCAAAAUCAGGCAGCCAGGUUAGCGCCAGCCAACGAGAGUUGGAGGCUGCGUCCAAGUCCUCUCUCGUCACAGCGUUGCUGGAUUCGGUUACCAGUAGUAUGCAAAAUCAGAGCCAGGAGGAUGAUACCGAGGCGGGGGGGAUGGACUCGCCGUCUCUUAAGAAGAGGCAGAUUGUACCCCGGAAUAGUAACUCCCCGUCGAGAAAACCAAAGGGUCGGUUACCAAGUCCGAUCGUUUCGGACUACGGCGAUGAUGAUGACUUGGAUGAUGAGUUUUUGAUGCUGGAAGAAACCAUGCUGGCGACCCAAGCUACUCAGGCAUCUCAGACAACGGAGAGUGUAGCACUAGCUAAGCAAAGCACAGAAAGAGCAGUCAAAGAAGAGGGCGAAAAUUUGGACAAGAAACCUGUCUUGAACGAGUUUGACGAUUUUGAUGAUGACGACUUUGACGAUGCAGACGAUUUGCUGGCAAAUUUAGAACUGAAGACUCCGGCAUCAGGAAAAAGAAUGCCUUCAAAGACGAUGAAGACGCCGCUCAAGAAUAAGGCUCCGCGGAAGCUAGUCGACUUGCAAGAUGAAUUCGGCGACGAUGCCUUUGACGGAGAUGUCGACUUUGAAGCGGUAGAAUUCGCUGCGACCCAGGCGGCCCAGCAGCAAGACACUGCCUCAACAGCUCGAUAUUUGGUAACAAGUGUUUUAGACGGCGAAUACGUCGAUCAGUACAACCGCGUCUCCCCCGAAAAGCUGGUAUCUGCAACAGUUGUUGCCGACUCUUUUGGCUGCACGCGUCGAGCUGUGCUCCAAGAUCGAGUCAAAGCUACCAGCGAAGCUUCGCCUCCGUUGGUUUACGGAACGAUGCUUCACGAAAUCUUUCAGGAAGCAUUGCUUGCCAACAGGUUUGAUCUUGGAUAUCUCUCAGAGUUGAUUGAUAAAAAUAUCGAGAAACACAUUGAGGACUUGUAUACGAUUAAGAUGGGCAUUGCGGCUGCCAAAGAGCAUCUUCAAUCCAAGAUGACGGAACUUAGCUAUUGGGCUAAGAGCUUCGUGUCAUCUCAGCCACAGGCCGACGCCAUUGUCGAGGGGAGAAAUGGAGACAAAGCCACCAUCGCAGUCAGAAAGUUGCUUGACGUUGAAGAGCACGUUUGGUCGCCCAUGUAUGGCUUGAAGGGAAAUAUUGAUGCAACGGUGGAAGUAAUGAUGACAGAUGGCAAGCAGAGUCAAGUAUUGACUGUGCCAUUUGAGGUCAAGACAGGCAAGCAUGCCAACAGCAACCACAUGGCGCAGACGGCUCUUUAUACCCUCUUAUUAUCGGACCGUUACGACAUUGACAUUACGCACGGAAUUCUAUACUACAUGGAGACUUCUAAAACGAUGCGAAUUCCUGCCAUUCGACAUGAGCUCCGGCACAUGAUAAUGCAGCGAAACCAGCUGGCAUGUUACAUCCGAGAACGGAGUGUUCAGCUACCUCCAAUGUUGAAGAGCAAACAUAUGUGUGGAAAAUGCUAUGCGAAGACUUCUUGUUUCAUCUAUCAUCGGUUAGCGGAUGGAGGGGAUGGGGAGACAAGCGGCAUGAACGAAAAGUUCACUGAGGUCGUCAAGCAUCUAACACAAGAACACCAAGAAUUCUUCAUCAAGUGGGAAAACUUAUUGACAAAGGAAGAGAAGGAGGGGCAAAAGACCAAGAGAGAGCUGUGGACGAUGACGAGCUCUGAGCGCGAGAAGAAGUCUCGGUGUUUUUCGGACGUCAUCAUUGAAGAAGGAUCUGCAUCGGUUGAUGAAGACAACCCUCGGAUUAAUCGAUUUCACUACACUUUCGUCAAACGCGAGCCGAUGCCCGACUUCACAUUUAUUGGAUCGGAAUUGACGGUUGGCGAGCCAAUUGUUGUGUCAGAUGAAGAUGGACAUUAUGCUUUGGCGAUUGGAUACAUUACUUCUGUUCGAAAGCAAAGGAUAAGCGUCGCCGUGGACCGACGUCUACACAAUGCUCGAAUUCGACAGCCUGGAUUUGAUGAAGUCGAUAACCAAGUUUUUGCUAGCAUCAUGGAAGUUGCAGCCGAAGGGGCGUCGGUUGAACAGAGUCAAGGGAAAAUCAAAGAGCCACCUAUUCGGUACCGCCUGGACCAAGACGAGUUUAGCAAUGGCAUGGCCACUGUAAGAAACAACUUGAUCCAGAUGAUGGCAAAUGACGUGCCGGCUGCGGUCCGAAUUCGCGAGCUUAUUGUUGAUUUGGAGCCCCCUAGAUUUAAAUCAGUGGCGACUCAAUAUACCGUCACUGAUGGGGAGAGCUUGAACGUUGAUCAACAGCGGGCUAUCGAAAAGGUCAUGAGUGCGCAAGAUUAUGCGCUGGUACUGGGAAUGCCUGGUACCGGCAAGACGACCACCAUUGCCCACAUCAUCAAGGCUUUGGUGUCACAGAACAAAACGGUGCUGUUGACGUCUCAUACGCACACGGCCGUUGACAACAUUCUUCUCAAGCUAAAGUCGGAUAAAAUUCCUAUUCUACGACUUGGUGCUCCGGCAAAGGUCCACCCCGAGGUUCAGGAUUUUGUACACCUCGCGGGUCACCCGAAGAAGACUUUUGAGGAAAUAAAGGAGGCUUGGCAUGGCACCCCAAUUGUUGCGACGACCUACCACAAUCAGCUUCCUCCGGUGGUGAAGAAUGAAGAGGCUAGACAAGGUGGCUUGGAUGUCAGCUUGUUCAAGCUCUUAUCAGACACCCACCCGCAGUCUGUCGUUAAUUUAGAGCAUCAGUAUCGUAUGUGUGAAGACAUUAUGACUCUGAGCAACACCCUCAUCUACAAUGGCAGACUUCGAUGUGGAACGGAAGAGCUGCGCAAGAAGAAGCUUCACAUCCCUAGCAUGGAGGCUCUGAGACAACAUCAUCACGACUCCACAACUAUUCAUCGAUCUGGAACGGCACGCUCAUUCUGCACUGGACCCGUGCCGUCGCGAUGCUGGCUUUACGACCUUCUUGACGCUGAAACUCGUGUUCGAUUUGUUGACACAGAUACGAUCCGGCCCCAGGUCCGCGAAGAGGCUCAAGGGAAACGUAUCAUCAACCCUGCCGAGGGGCGAAUUGUCUCACAGCUCGUUGAAAGCCUGCUCACGGUGGGAGUUCCUGCUACCGAAAUCGGUGUAAUGACACAUUACCGUGCACAACUUCAUCUUCUCAAAGACAAGCUCAAGUACUUUCCUGGCAUAGAAAUGCAUACUACCGAUCGUUUUCAGGGACGAGACAAAGAAGUCAUUGUGCUGAGUCUGGUGCGAAGCAACGAGGCCUGCAAUAUCGGAGACUUGCUCAAAGAUUGGCGACGUAUUAACGUGGCAUUUACCCGUGCGAAGACGAAGCUCCUUGUUGUGGGUAGCAUGAGCACCCUCCAGGGAAAUGGAGAGGAGACUAUGCUGAGCAAGUUUAUUUCUCUGAUGGUAGAUCGCAGUUGGAUAUAUCAUAUGCCGCAGAAUGCUCUUGAAAGCCACUGUUUUGCGGAUUUGAGCACGCAGCUCACUGGUUUUACGCAGCGAACGCCUAGAAAAUCGCCAAAGAGAGUGUCGGCAAAGGCAAGUUCUACUUCAUACGCGGACAAGGAGAACCGGAAGCCGUCGCCGAGGAGGGCGCGGAUGGGAGAAGGGAUGUUGCUUAAGGGAAAGCUAAUUACGCGAGAUAUCUUGAAUGAAAUGACGGAUGGCGCAUAUGGAAAUUAAAGAUGAUUAUUUGGUAUAUGUUUUUGGUUUCAUUGGGUGGGAGGAUGGACUGGCUGUGGAAUUUUAUGUUGAACGGCGCAAUUAUGGAUUAUCAGGAUACUGUAAAUAUAGGAUAAAGAGACAUGAUAUUCAGGAUAUUAUAUUUUUUUCUGGACAAG